AUGAAAGAAGAACAAAGCGAUAGUUUAUUGUUGUUACGUAUUAUUAAAUCGUCACGUUUGUAUAUAUACGCAGCACUAAAGUACGAAUGUGAUGAUUGCUUGCGAGCGUUCGUAAAGCCGAAGUCGAGUCGUGACGUCGCCAAGGUGCUCAAAAUCUCCUCAUUAUAUCUCAUCCGGAAACUAUCCUCGACGGUUGCGAUGCGAACGACGGUUUCGCAAACUUUGAUUCGCGUUUCACGAAGUGAAGUUUUUCCGUCCUCUUUUUCCUCUUCUUUUUCUGAUACGAUGCGAAUGCACGCGCUCGCUUCUGCUUCAUCUUCUCGCGGCGAGAAAACGUUCAGCGCGUCGUCGUCGUUCCGGCAUGUGGUUGAGAAUCGGCAGCGCAAACAUCAUCACCGUUUGAAAAGGACGACGAGUUUUGGGAAAAACAACAGUUGCAACAGGACAUUUAGUAGUAAUAGUGCUCGCGAUGAUUAUCAGCGCAAAAUGAGCGCUGUCCGGAGUUUCGCGUCGUCGUCAGCAGCAGCGAGCGGGGAAAACCAUCGUCACCACGUCUCUCUAAUAAACGGUUCCAACCGAGGCAUAGGUUUGGCAUUCGCGAAGCAUUUGCUGGAAACGAACAACGAAAGUAUCGUCGGAGAUAAACGAACGAACGGGACGGUCAUCGCGACGUGCCGAAACCCAGACGAGGCGAAGGAUUUGCACGAGUUACGAGAGAAAUUCGGCACCGAACGCUUGGAGAUUUUACGGAUAGACGUUUUAGACGAGAAGACGAUCGAAGCGGCGGCGAAACUGGUAUCGGAGAAAUACGGGCGGUUAGAUUGCGUGAUAAACACGGCGGCGGUGUUACACUUGCCAGAUCGGAAGAUGGUUCCGGAGACGAGCAUUUUACGCUUCGAUCCCGAGGCGUGCGUCUUGUCGUACCGAACGAACGCUAUCGGUCCGAUGUUGAUGACGAAGCACUUUUCAAAGUUGAUGUUGAAGACUGCGGAGGAAAACGACGAGGGGAAACCGGUACCGGUGAUUGCGAGUUUGAGCGCGCGAGUGUCUUCGAUUAGCGAUAACAAGUUAGGCGGGUGGUACUCGUACAGAGGCGGGAAGACUGCUUUGAAUCAAAUGACGCAAACCGCGCACGUGGAAUUUUCGAGGAAGAAGAAUCCCAUCGCGAUGGUGCUUUUGCAUCCGGGGACGGUGGAUACCGAGUUAUCCACGCCGUUUAAGAAGAACGUGCCGGAAGGAAAGUUGUUUACGCCGGAGUAUAGUGCGGGAAGAAUGUUGGAGGUGUUGAAGGACGUGACUUUGAAGGAUAGCGGUAAGUUUUAUGAUUACGCCGGAGAGGAAGUCGCGUGGUAA